CAGAGUCAGACAGUAUUCGUCGUGUGAAGCGGGCAGACGUGUGUUUGUGAAUACAAGCAGGAAAUAUUAUUUAAGCUAAAAGUCUAAAACUUAUACAAAAAAAAAACAAAAUGAGGGAAAUUGUACACAUCCAAGCUGGUCAGUGCGGCAACCAAAUCGGAGCUAAGUUCUGGGAAAUCAUCUCCGAUGAACAUGGCAUCGAUGCUACUGGUGCCUACCAUGGCGACAGUGACCUGCAAUUGGAGCGCAUCAACGUGUACUACAAUGAGGCGUCCGGUGGCAAAUAUGUGCCCCGCGCUGUGCUUGUGGAUCUGGAACCUGGCACCAUGGACUCAGUCCGUUCGGGCCCCUUCGGUCAGAUCUUCAGACCCGACAACUUUGUGUUCGGACAGUCGGGCGCUGGCAACAACUGGGCCAAGGGCCAUUACACAGAGGGCGCUGAGCUCGUUGAUUCGGUGCUCGAUGUUGUCCGCAAAGAGGCUGAAUCCUGCGAUUGCCUGCAAGGCUUCCAGCUUACACACUCGCUUGGUGGCGGCACCGGCUCUGGCAUGGGCACUCUGCUUAUCUCCAAGAUCCGUGAAGAAUACCCCGACAGAAUCAUGAACACAUACUCCGUGGUGCCCUCGCCAAAGGUUUCGGACACCGUUGUGGAGCCCUACAACGCCACACUGUCGGUGCACCAGCUGGUCGAGAACACAGAUGAAACCUACUGCAUUGACAACGAGGCUCUCUAUGACAUCUGCUUCCGUACACUGAAAUUGACCACACCCACGUACGGUGACUUGAACCAUCUGGUGUCUCUGACAAUGUCGGGCGUUACCACUUGCCUCCGCUUCCCUGGCCAAUUGAAUGCUGAUCUCCGCAAACUUGCUGUCAACAUGGUUCCAUUCCCCCGUCUGCAUUUCUUCAUGCCUGGAUUUGCUCCACUCACAUCUAGGGGCUCCCAGCAGUACAGAGCUCUGACUGUCCCUGAGCUGACCCAACAGAUGUUCGAUGCCAAGAACAUGAUGGCUGCCUGCGAUCCACGUCACGGUCGCUACCUGACCGUCGCCGCCAUCUUCCGUGGUCGCAUGUCAAUGAAGGAGGUCGACGAACAGAUGCUGAACAUUCAAAACAAGAACAGCUCAUACUUUGUUGAAUGGAUCCCCAACAAUGUGAAGACCGCUGUCUGCGAUAUCCCUCCCCGUGGUUUGAAAAUGUCUGCUACCUUCAUUGGCAACUCCACCGCCAUCCAGGAGCUGUUCAAGCGCAUCUCUGAGCAAUUCACCGCUAUGUUCCGUCGCAAGGCUUUCUUGCAUUGGUACACUGGCGAGGGUAUGGAUGAGAUGGAGUUCACUGAGGCUGAGAGCAACAUGAACGAUCUGGUCUCUGAAUACCAACAGUACCAGGAAGCCACCGCUGAUGAGGAUGCUGAAUUCGAGGAGGAACAAGAGGCUGAGGUCGAUGAGAACUAAAGUCUCUCAUUCUGACGCUCUCGCCGCUCUCUGUCUAACUUCUCAAGUUGCGCGAAAUAAAAUGAGAACAAAAAAUUAAGUUUAAAAAGUGUUUGUUCUUUAAAAGGUCGUAACCAAUAAAGUCGAAAUUAUUUCUUCUGAAAUCUA